AUGAUUUUCGAUGAUAUGACCAGAUACGAUCUCUUCGAGCUGCUCGAGCAAGCAAGGCAUGAGCUACGCACUUGCAAGAAGAGCCUGCUCUUCAAGGAGAACCUUCUGGCCGAGCUGGAGCAGGAAAACGCUGAAUUGACGGAAACGAAGGAGAGACUCGAUAAGGAAUUAAAAAGUCUGAAGCGGCAAGAGUUGCGGAGAUCCGAACUGGAUAAUGCGAGUGACGAUGGCAUCGAUGCUGGAUAUGAUCAUUGGGACGAGCUGCUUGAGCAGAUAGACGAACUACAUAAGCAGUUGCAAGUGGUCCAGAACGUGAACAAAGUGCUCGAAGAGGAUGUGAACCAGAAGUCCGCUCAGAUUGUGAGCCUGACAGCGAGUUUGCUCGAGAAACAAGCUCAAGAAGAGCGCCUCACAGCAGACUUGCGCUUCACUGCGGCCGAGCGCGAGAUCGCUUUGAGGGAUCUGCACGAUGUACAGGACUCGAGUGUUUCGAGCCGAAGCCAUUCAGAGGAGUGUCUCCGGAGCACCAGCAUCGGGAGCUCCAUCGGUGAAGAGUUGGGUUUGCCAAAUGGAUUUCCUUUCCCCGGCGAGAGACCGUACUCUCGGGCUUCAUUCGAUUGGGAAGAGCUAUUGGAAGAACCCGAAGCUGGACCAGUGUCGGAUUUCGAAGAAGCUCAAGCAUCGAUGUCUGGGAGGAGCUCAGUCGAGUCUGAGAUGCAGAUAUCCGUGGACCUAGGCGAGGCUCGGAGCGAGACAUCGGACGAACUUGCGACGAGCGUCGUGGAGAUUCAAACGGAGCAGCGACAGAUCGAGACAGAGUCAGGAAUUCUUGCAUACCCUACUCCGAAGAGCUCUCCGAAGGGAUGGAACGCUAAUUUGUUCUCGGACGCGCACUCAUUCAACUGGGGCUCCUUCGUCUGCUGCGUACCCACUCCAAACUCGCCGGUUCGUCCAUCCCCGAGGAAGGGGAAAACCUCGCGAGGCUUCCUCACCUAUAUGAAGAGUAAACUCCGUCGGAAUUCUCGAAAACUCAUUCUUAACUAAAGUCUAGCGGAAGAUCACGCCAGACAAAUCCGAGGCUCACGUCCGUAGGAGGUGCUCGUCGAAUGUGAAUUGCUUCCGUCUCGGACCUCUAAGCUUUUUCCAUUUGUAUUUUUGGCACACUGUAUGAGGAAGAGAACCAGUCGUGGAUUUUAAUUUUAUGUACGGAGUGGCUCGUCUGCGGCAUGGCUUCGUAGUGACCUUGAAGUUGACAAGAGGGCAGAAGUUAUGUUCGUGCUGAUAAUGUUGAUCGGCAAGAUGGUCCCCCUCCCUUUGCCUAAUUUGUAUUGUUCGCAGGCAUCCUGGGAUUCCUAGAAGAUGGUCGGCUUCUGACCCGGUCAGAAUAAGUUUCAUUGUAUAUCCAGCGAUCUAAUGAAUAAGAGCUCGUAGAAGCGCCAAGUUUGGUGGCCGCAAUAUCUUCGUGAGCAGGAGCACUAUUGACCUCGAGAGGAUGAAAUAUCCUGAAUUCUAUUGCAUUAAAGUUAAACAGUAAUA